AUGACCUUGUUGUCAAAAGUGUUCAACAAUAAUUCGGAUAGGCGGUCACUGCAGCUGCCUGCUUCAACCACGAGGAAGUUAACACCCACGUCGUCACGCAAGUCGUCAUCAGCGCUAUCUCCGAUGAAUUCCGCUGCAUCUUCGACAUCAUCUACCACCCCCACGAGAACAAAUAACGGUCGAAUAGUCAAGCCACUGGACUCUCCCAACUCACCACCUGCGUAUACUUUGUCUAUAGCACUUGAGUCACCUCCGAUAAUUUUAUACGGUAGUCCUUCGGAGUCUACUGGAUCAAUAAUAUCUGGUCUAUUGCGAUUGAUUACUACACGUGAAAUAGAAUUGGAACGUGUUACCCUAACAUUGAAACAAACCAUGAGAUACACAAAACCAUUCUUGAUACCUAACUCAUCUGCCAUCGCAAACUGUAAGAACUGCACAGACAGGAUAGAAGAAUUAGCUCGUUGGGAUGUUUUGACGUCACACUUUAACUUCACCACAGGUAAUCACGCAUACCCGUUUUCUCACUUAUUACCAGGGUCCCUUCCCCCAACUUCGAAAUUAGGGUCGGCCAACUCGCAUUCUUUCAUAAAGUACGACUUGAUUGCAGAGGUUAUUGCUACUGAUUCGCUUCAAAACAAGAAACUAGUUUUGCCAAUUAAUAUCUCAAGACUGGUUUUGAGGGGACCCGAUCGAAAUUCCUUACGAGUGUUUCCUCCCACAGAAGUUACAGCAAGUGCUGUUUUGCCAAAUGUUGUGUAUCCCAAGUCUACAUUCCCUAUUGAGCUAAAGUUGGAUAAUUUAGUGAAUGAAUCGCAACAAAGAAGGUGGAGAAUGAGAAAAUUGAUUUGGAGAAUUGAGGAAAACAUCAAAAUCAAGGCCCAUGUUUGUCAAAAGCAUGCUGAAAAGCUUGAGACUCUUGAGAAGCUGUACAAGAAGUCAAGCCAAAAGAUUGAAAAGCCUUCAGGAAUGCAUCACAGUACAGUACAAACGAAUGUCGCAUUCAUCCGAAGUCCAUCAACUCAAGUUUCGGGUGAGCCCGUAUUGCUAGAAAAUGGGUUGCCCGAUAGUGUUCCGCUCGAUGACGGGUCCCAUGAUAUUGAAGAGACAGUGCGUACGGCACCCUCAAAUGUACAUCAAAGCUUUCUUGAGGAUUUUGGUGGCGCUUCGACAAAUACGGGUCCUGUUGAGAAUACUGCUGGUAGUGCUCUUACACCUCAACAAUCAAAUCGCCCCUUCGACUCAGAAAAACAUUUGUACAUGGAAGAGACAAGAACAAUAAACUAUGGUGAGUUCAAGUCUGGUUGGAAAUCGGACUUUUCCGGUAGGGGGCGUAUCGAGAUGGUUGCGAAUGUGAGUGCCAAUAGACUUUCCACCGGGUCGAAUAAUCACAUCACUAAAGUGAGCACCGACGACAAGGUUCAAGCCAGUAACGAUUUCAAAAAUGGCGCUAAUAUAUCGUGUGAUAUUGAUGAUCCAACAUUGGGUGUUUUUGUCACGCAUACAUUGAUUGUUGAAGUUGUUGUUGCUGAAGAAAUGGUUCACCACGUUGACCGUAGGAAUUCGAACAAUCUUAAUCCAACACGCAGCAGAGACUCCAUUGGUCUUAGAAGAGGGUCUCAGUCCAGCACAGUCCCCAAUAGUGUGUCACCCAACUUGGCACCUUCGACGUCAAAUUCUGCUGCCAACACCAAUCAGUUGGCUGGUGUUCCAACUGGAGCUGCGCGUGUCUUGAGGAUGCAAUUUAAGCUCCCUUUCACUGAGAGGUCGGGACUAGGAAUUGCUUGGGAUGAUGAAGUUCCACCAACGUAUGAGGAUGUGAGAACCUUGAGUCCUCCUAAUUACCAAGAUCAAUCUAUUGUUGAUCCCCCAACUCCUGGAAGCUCAGCAAUUCCAGAUAGACCAACACCUAAUGUGUUGUACGGUAGAGGCGAAACACCAAUUGUUGGUAGUUUUGGUUUUCACGGACUGAAUCAGCAAAGUUUGGACGGGAUGAUUGAGAAUAUGCAAGAGCUCUCGAUUUAG